AUGUGUUUGCUACGAAAGCUGUGUGAAAGGCCCCCAGCGGCACCAAGUGGACGAGGUCUUCGAGAAGGCACCAAGGACGAAUGGAAGAUCAUCACGGGCAUGAAACAAGUCGAAGGAGAACUCAUCCUACAGCUCAGAGGAUGGGUCACUGUCAAACCCAGUAGGCAAGCCACCAGAGCACUCAAGGAUGACAUUUUGUUAGCUGCAGAGGAGCACGGUGUCUCGAGCAACGACUUACGUCAAAUGCUGCAUUUGGUCAAGACCAUCAGCUAUGACCAUACGAAACGCAGCAUUCAUUUCCACACUUUCGACCGAGCAACGGCCCGUCGGUUCCAGGACACCCAAGUUCCGUUCAAGCGAGCCGUUUACAGGCUUCGGAACCCGCAUCAGCCGGAUACAGGAUCGAUAUGGGCCAGGCAAUUGGGCAACGAUGGUGUACGGACGGACACGCAGCGAGAGUAUGUGGUGGACAUCUUCAAUGUACCCCGGUGCACGGACGUUGGGCGAUUAAAUGCGUACCUACAGGAGCACAUUAAGGCAGACAUUGAGUUUGAAAACCUAGAUGUCUAUUAUCCGGAAUCCAGAUCUUCAGUAUGCGAGUAA